AACCAUUAUUAAUCGUUUGAGGUUUAGCCACUGUCAGACUCCAAGCCAUUUAUUUCGUUUUAAAAUUAUAGAUAAUAACAGAUGUACAUACUGUGGAGGAAAUAAGACACACUCAUCCCACCCACCUUGAGUUGCCCGACCUUUAAAUUUCAACGUUUAAUACUAGUAACGGAUUUUAUGAAGUUGCUGGAUUUUGAUGAGAAUAAUCAGACUAAACUUGGAAAUUCUUACACUCACAUAACCUGACAAGAUCAGAUUUAUCUUCAUCACCCACUGCAAAUGAUAAGAUUUACUAUGAGAUAUGGAUUUUGAUACUGAUCUUAGAAUACAAAUGCUCAGAAAAAAAUAAAUAUGGAUCAAAUUAUUCAAGAAGAUGGAAUGAACUCCAAGCAAGAAAAAUGUAUAGUUCAGACAAAAAAUGGAUGGAUUUGUGGAUACAUUGAUAAAAGAGAUAAAGGGACAUACUACAAAUUCAAAAGCAUACCCUAUGCUGAACCACCUGUUGGAAAUCUAAGGUUUAUGCCUCCCAAAUGUUCAAAGCCUUGGACAAAUAUACUAGAUUGCACAAAAGAUGCACCAGUACCACUGUCACUCUUUCUUAAUCAAGAUGUGUUAGGUUCUGAAGAUUGUCUUUAUAUAGAAGUAUCCUCCCCAAACAUUAAACCUGACAAACCACUUCCUGUCAUGUUUUGGAUUGGAAGCUGCAACUUUGUAUUUUAUAUAGAUUCAAUUCUUGAUCCAACUCAUUUAAAUAAUCAAGGAGUAGUUUUUGUAAGAUGUGGAUUUAGAUUGGGACCAUUUGGAUUUCUGUCAAUAAAUGAUUUCUCUGCACCGGGAAAUGUUGGAUUAAAGGAUCUUAUUUUAGCGUUUAAGUGGGUUCAAGCCAACAUAAGUAACUUUGGUGGUGAUCCUAACAAUGUAACUGCAUUUGGAAGUAGUACAGGAGGUGCAAUUGUACAUCUUAUGACAUUAUCUCCCUUGGCAGGUGGUCUGUUUCAUAAAGCCAUUGUUCAAAGUUCUAGUGCCCUAAAUGUAUGGUCUCUAGCUAAGAAUCCAGUUGAAACUGCCAUGACCUUAGCAAAACAUCUGGGUAUUGAGAAAACAGAUAAAUUUGAAGUUGUUGAAGAAAUGAGAAAAUUAUCAGGCUACAACAUUAUGAAAACCUAUAGCACAUUUCUUUUUGAUAAAUAUCAAGUAGAUAAUGAUGUAUUUGAUUCACCAUUCAAGCCUUCUAUAGAAAAUGAAUUUGAAGGACAACCAACAUUUAUAAGCAAAAGUCCGGCUACAAUACUUAAUUCUGGUAAGUUUAAUAAAGUUCCAAUGAUGAUUGGCACAAACAAUGUGGAAGCUAAGGUGCUACAAUAUUUAAAAGAUGAUUUUUAUAAGGAUUAUAAUAAAUACAAUGAGGAUGUCAAACAUCUGGUCCCUAAAUCAUUGGCAAAUGUAAACAGUGACUGUCUAAGAAAAAUUGGCCAACAAAUAUUAUCAUUCUACUUUGUUGGGGUAGAUAAAGUUAAUGAACAAACCCAAAAACAAUACUUACAGUUUCUCACAGAUUACUAUUUUCAUUAUUACUUGGACAAAACAAUACGAAUACAUAGCAAAGUUUCCCCUGAGUUUCCUAUCUACUACUAUGUUCUCAACUAUGCUGGAGAAUGGCUGGUGCCUAAAGAAUUAGAUUUUUUUAAUUCUAUUGGACAUGGUGCAGAGCUUCCAUUUCUAUUUGGUAUAAAAUCUUCAGAUGGCUCUUUUUACAAGGGAAGUUGUAUUUCACUCACUACAAGGGAUAGAUGUGUCAAAAUGUGGACAAAUUUUGCAAAAUAUGGAAAUCCUACUCCUACAGACAAUGAUGAACUUUUACAGAUCACAUGGGAUUCUGUAGAGAAUGAAAAUAAACUAAACUUUUUGAGUAUAAGCUCAGAUUUAACAAAAGGAAGAAAUCCAUUUUAUAAUCGAAUGUUAUUUUGGGAAAACAUACACAAGGAACAUAUUGUUCUUAAAGUUAUCACUCAUAUAAAUGACAUGGGGCUGAAGUUUUAGUAUAAGUGUAGUAUUUAUUAUUUAUAGAAUUGUUAUUAUUACAUUGUUCAUGAGUAUUAUAGUUAAUAAGUAGUACUUAUGUGAUAAUUGAAUUUAUUAUAUUAUAUUAACCUGUUGGAGUUUAGUUAAAUAAUUAGAAUUCAGGAGGAUAUUUUUUAUCAUCAAUAAAUUUUGGAGUAAUACAUAAUUUGAAAUAUGUAGUUAUUAACAAUCGCAUUAGUAUCGUCACGCAAUUUUUGGUGAUUUUUGAAAUGAUUUAAAGUGAUUUUAAAAAGCAUUUAUAUGGUGUAAAGUGUCGGAAAUUAUAACGCAUAAUGCAAUCCGGUAGUAAUUGUUACAUCCCUCGCGAGGGGGAUGUAACAAUUACUGCCCGUUCGGGGCAUAUGCCCCCUUCCGAGUGGUGCGCGGGUUCGGACCCUGCUGAUGACCCAUGGGGGUACGGGGGCGGGCUAUUAGCCCUUGGUGGGGGCUGCUUCGCGCGAGGA